AUGGCGACCCAUCCCACGGACGAUACCGCUGUUACGGUGGAAGAAGGUGCAGAGGAUGUGGAUUCUGCUUAUGGAGACGAGCUCGAGAGUUAUACGACUUCCCUCAGUCAUAGCGCCGUGAAUUACAGAUGGGAGCAUGGUCGGCGGUAUCACAGUUUCAGAGAAGGCUCCUAUAAUUUUCCCAACGACGAGGAAGAGCAGGACCGCUACGACCUGAUGCAUGAGGUGCUCAUCACCGCGAUGGGUGACAAGCACUUUCUCGCCCCGUUGAAAGAAGAUAUCGCCAGGAUUGUGGACAUUGGUACUGGGACGGGAAUUUGGGCCAUUCAAAUCGGCGAUAUGUUCCCUUCUGCCCAAGUGAUUGGCAACGACCUCAGUCCCAUUCAACCACAAUGGGUGCCACCGAACGUGACGUUUGAAGUCGACGAUGUCGAAAGUGAAUGGCAGUAUUCGCAACCCUUCGACUUUAUCCACUCUCGCUACAUGGCGGGAUCCAUCGCGGACUGGCCUCGUUUAAUGUCCGAGUGCUACAAGUUGAGUUUGGCUCUCAUUCUUUCCUUGCAUGGAUCACGCCCCUUACAACAUCGUCCUCCUCUUUUCCAUAUCCGUGCCACCAAGAAGCUUACGCUGGUCUCGAUAGAAACUUGA